GCUGUGAGCAGACGUGCAGGGCAUAUGGAGUCAUCUUGGAUGAAGUUGACUGUUGUGUGUACUUUCUGAUGGAGCUGCUAGAAGACUCUGGCUGACCUCCUUGGAGACGAAAAUUUUAAAAUGGAUAUACGCUUUGCCGUGGACUACACAAUUGACAUCCUGAAAGGCCUGGAGUAUAUCCACAGCAAAGGACUAAUCCACUCAGACAUAAUUGGGCUGAAUGUUAUGAUUGUUGGCCCAAGAGCCAUCAUAAUCGACACUACAGGGGCCAGGAAUCCAAGCUGUCCUAGAUCGCUUGGCUAUCUACGGGAUGUAGAAAAUGCGAUCAAGCUUCUGAACAACAUGCUGUGGAAUAACACAACGUUUAGUCCAGAACCGUGGAAAGCUUCAGAUGAAGACCGUUGCAUGUUUAACAAGAAGACGCUUAAAAAGCUGGAAAAACUACUUAAGAGGCAGGAUGAAUCUCUACGUGCAAACUCCAAGUCACCAAUGAUGGAUACCAUUGAGACACUUCUGCAGGACCUAGGGAUAAUCUCAGAGGAGCUCAAAGGUUUGCGGCAGCCCUCUGACAGUCCAGAUUCAUCCGAGGAUGAAGCUUAUCAGUCUUAUCAGUCAGAUGCAAAUCAGAAGGCACAACUGGAAGCUUAUAAGGCUGAGAUCGAGAGAGAGAGGGAACUGAGGAAGAAAGCAGAGCGGGACAGGAUGAAGGCAGAGCAGGACAGGAUGAAAGCAGAGCAGGAAAACAAAAAGCUACACGAUAAGAUGGAUGCUCUGCUGGCUAAGUUGGAGAUGGAACCGAAAGACAACGGACAAGAAGGUCCCUGAAUAGGAGAAUGAACUGAAGCGAGCCCUCACAGUCACCUGAUGCAUGAACCCAACCAGAGUGUCUAUCUAUGGGAGUAAUUGAUUUAAUCAGACUGAUGAAGUGUUUCUAUCCCAUUAUUCAACAAGUAGCGUAUAUCACUUUUAAGUCUGAGAAGGCCUAUAAAGAAAAAUGAAUACUUUUUAUCCAUUGUAUGGGUGUAAAUAUGUUGUAUACAUUUUAUUAUCAUGAUACAAAUUAAUGGAGUAUUUUCAAAGAUAAGAGAAUGUAUUGUUAAAUGUAAACCUGCAAUACAAGGUUACAUGACAACUGUAUGAAAUACAGAUGAAAUUAUUAUAUAGUCCUUUAAAAGGAUACUUCUUACAUCCAUUACCAAAGACAAUUUUACAGUUUUAGCAUUUAAGAUGGAAUUUUUACAUGAUUCAAAGUAAUAUACAUUCCAACUUGUGUAUGUUGUAGGAUGUAAAUUAAAGAGUCGAAGAACUCGAAGAGAUACGUACAUGUAUAAUACAUGUAAGGCUUUAAAACAGGUUAGUCCAUGGCAAAUACCUGACAUUCUGGCACUGAACUAGAAUCAAAUUC